UUAUUUAUUGUGCAAACUUUGUUAUUACAUACUUUAGCUGUGUUGUUUAAAAUGCAGUGCAGUAAUAACAACGGUGUACAAAAUAUUAUAUCUGUAACAACUUCGCAGUUAUACGUAAGGGUUUUAUUCCAAGAUAGAAUUGUGCCGUAAACUAAAUUAAAUACGUAAGCACAAUGAUGCUUUUAAAUAUCAACCGGAGAUGACGCGGCUUUUCCAUGUCGAUCACCCGUGACAAGAUAACCGAAGCACAUCGCUUGUGCCACGGCCACUCCCCCCCCACCCAGCGCAAGCUUUGCGUGCCCUCGGCCUGGUCAAGUUUAUCUCGGUUCCUCUUCGCGUAGUCCGUAGUAGUAAUCGAACAUGGCCUCAGCUAACAGGUGCAGUUACACCUUUGAGGAGUACAAGGAGUCUGCUGAGUGGCUACUCGCUCACACGGACAAGCGGCCAGAGUUGGUUAUCAUCUGUGGCUCUGGCCUGGGAACUUUGGCAGAACAACUUGAAGACAAGACCUCCUUCAAGUACCAGGAUAUCCCUCACUUUCCCCUGAGCACAGUGCCUGGACAUGAAGGAAGACUGGUGUUUGGGAAGCUCAGUGGAAAGCAGUGUGUCUGCAUGCAAGGCAGGUUCCACUUUUACGAGGGCUAUCCCAUGUCUAAGGUCACCUUCCCAAUCCGAGUCUUUCACCUUAUUGGGGUCAAAACACUCAUUGUGACCAAUGCAGCUGGAGGAAUAAAUCGUAGCUUUAAUGUUGGCGAUAUCAUGCUCAUUAAGGACCAUCUCAAUAUAGCAGGCUUAUCUGGCCAAAACCCUCUGUGUGGGCAGAAUGAUGAACGGUUUGGGGUGCGAUUCCCCUGUAUGUCAGAUGCCUAUGACAAGCAGCUCCUCAGCUUGGCUUUAGAAAUUGCAAAGGAGAUGAACUAUUCGAGUUUUAUCCAUCAAGGGGUAUACUGCAUGCUGGCCGGUCCAACCUAUGAAACUAUUGCAGAGUGCUGUAUGCUCAACACCUUGGGAGCAGACGCAGUAGGUAUGAGCACCAUCCCAGAGGUUAUAGUGGCCAGACACUGUGGGCUGAGAGUAUUUGGGCUCUCCUUGAUUACCAAUAAAGUGGUGAUGGACUAUGGGACCCACGAAAAGGCUAACCAUGAAGAAGUCCUUCAAACUUGCAAGUUGCGUGCUAAGGACCUACAAGCUUUUAUCACAAAACUGGUUUCCAAGGUUGACUAGCCGAAAUUUUGAAGAGACCGGAGGAUGCUGAGAAAAAACAGCACUUUAAUGGCAUGCUUUUCCUGAGCUUAUUGACUAUUGGACAAAGGACCAAGAUGGUGGAGAUCAAAUAGGUUGGGUGUCUGGGUGGGUGAGGUGGUCCUGGCAGUACCUGCAAUACAUUUUAGAAAAUAUUUCUUACGUGGACUAAAUCACCUUGGUUUUAUUUAACAAUACGUUUAGUUUAGUUAGUACAGUUU